AGAGAGAGAGAGAGAGAGAGAGAGAGACCGGGUUAAGUGGACAGACUUCACGUUGAGCUCAGAUGAACCUCGGCAUCGUUUUCCCCACGUUGGACGGUUUCAGCUCCGGUAAAGCAGAAGCAGAGCGACACCACCACUGCUGCCAGCACACGGUGAUCCUGUGCAGCAUGUGUACUGCAUGGGAAUAUGUGAGGAAAGGAGGCGAAAUGAAGACGCGCUCUGGGGAGAAGAAACGAAACACCCAAGCGGGAGCAGAAAACACACUGCAAACAAGCUAUCAUAAUAGCCUACAUCUGAUCAUCUAUUUGUCAGCUAUUCCUUGAAACAGACUAUUUGUUGAACAUCCGAAAUGGCAGCACAUGUUGUGCUUCUUUUUUUUUUAUUCUGCAAAGGGGAAAGAAAUGGCAUUUCGGGGGCUGCUGGCCUUUUGGAGGAAGAUCAGGACGUAUUAUCGAGCAAAGAGGAACAAGUUUUACCUCACCCAGAGUCCAAGGACAACUUUUUCGUGAGGAUCAAAGAGUUGGAGGAAAGUCAGGCUCAGGAUGCAAGAAGUGAUGCAAGAUCCCUGCCAAAUGUGGCAUUUCAACUAAAUGACGCAAAACCUAAUGAUUUUGACUUUAAGAAUAACGCGGCGAGGCAAAUGGUCAUACUUAAACAUCCUGAACCUUCUGCCAAGUCCCUAAUAUCUAAACAUAGCCCUGAACUCAGUGUGAACCGCAAGAAAAGAAGCAAUUUGACUAAUGGAGUGGUUGAAGGUGUAAUUAAUGAUCAGAGUCUAGUGCCAAGUUCAGAGGAGGAGGAUGCUUUGCAGGCCGGGCUCUAUUUGGAGACAGGUGUCGGCGACGUUCAGCCUGAGCAGACACAAGGCCUCUUUAAGUGGGUCACAGAGUCUGAACAGAAUCGGUCGGAGCCUCGAUCUCGCCAUCGGAGGAGCUGGCUCUGGAACCAGUUCUUUGUGAUUGAGGAGUACAGAGGACCUGAGCCAGUGCUCAUUGGACGGCUGCACACCGAUAUGGAUAAAGGAGACGGACGCACUAAAUACAUGUUGGAGGGAGAGGGGGUGGGCUCUGUGUUUGUGAUCGACAGCAACACAGGCAACAUACAUGUCACCAAAUCCCUGGAUAGGGAGGAGAAGGACCAGUAUCGUCUCAUCGCAACAGCUGUAGACCGUGAGACCGGCCGAGCCCUGGAGCCUUCCUCCGAGUUCAUCAUCAGAGUGCAGGACAUCAACGACAAUCCGCCCAUCUUCCCAAAUGAACCCUAUGUGGCCAUGGUGCCGGAGAUGGCCAACAUAGGCACGUCCAUCAUCCAAGUCACAGCCAGGGAUGCGGAUGAUCCAACAUAUGGAAACAGCGCCCGGCUGGUGUAUGCCAUAACUCAGGGCCAGGACUUUUUCUCUGUGGACCCUCAGACAGGCGUCCUUCGGACAGCCAUACCUGACAUGGACAGAGAGACUCAGGAUGAAUAUCUGGUCGUCCUCCAGGCCAAAGACAUGGGGGGGCAUCUGGGUGGACUAUCAGGGACUACGACCGUCACUGUGAGGCUGAGCGAUGUCAACGACAACCCCCCUCACUUCAGAAGGAGUGCGUGGUCGUUCUCUGUGUCGGAGCUUGCGGCUCCAGGUGUGGAGGUGGGCCGUCUCACUGCGACCGAUCCCGAUCUGGGGGAAAAUGCACAGCUGGAGUUUACCAUCAUGGACGCCGACGAGGCCGAAAUAUUCAACGUAACCGGAAGAGACAAAGAGGCAGUCAUUGUGCUGAACAAGCUCUUGGAUUAUGAAAUCCGCAGUUCAUACACUUUCUCCGUGGAAGUUGCAAACCCUAUAGUGGACGCCCGGUACAUAAGGAAAGGUCCCUUUAAGGACCAGGCGACAGUCCGGAUCAUGGUCCUUAAUGCUGAUGAGCCGCCACAAUUCUCCCAUGCUCUGUACCAUCUGGAUGUGUCUGAGAACUGCCCCCCCGUCUGCUCUGUUGGUCGGGUCUACGCCGUGGACCCAGACACAGGACAAAGCAGCAACAUCAGGUACUCCAUCGAUCCCCAGUCAGACCCCGAGGCUCUGUUCCGCAUCGGCUCUGACACGGGCUUUAUCAGCACAGUGAUGGAGUUGGACCGUGAGCAGGAGCAGUGGCAUAAUAUCACUGUCAUCGCCACACAGAGGGACAAUCCGAAUCUUGUGUCAAGGGUUGUGGUUGCCAUAGAGACACUAGACCAGAAUGACAAUGCGCCAGAGUUGGACAGGCAAUACACAACAUCAGUGUGUGACUCCAGUGCCCCCGGUCAGGUAGUUCAGGUGCUACGAGCCGUCGACAAGGACCAAGGAGGUCAGGACGCCCCGGUUCACUUCAGCAUCCCGCCAGAGUCCAGUUCUACCGUCAACCUCACCAUCCGGGAAACUGGAGGUGUGACAGCCAGUCUGGUGCUCCAGUCAGCCUUGGAGCCACUCCCUGGCUUCUCUUCAUCUUUACUCACCCUCUAUGUGCCAGUUGUGCUUCGCGACGGGGCCUCGGGUCUGACCAACACUGGCACAGUCACUGUGACCAUUUGUCCCUGUCUGCGGGGGGGAAUGCAAACAGAGGACAGGGGCCGACAGAGGGACAGAAGAUGGGAGAGGCACAUGGUUUGUCUGCCCGUUUCAUCCGCCUCGCCGUCUCUCAUAUUCAGUUUGGUCACCUUACUGGCCAUGCUGGCUUGUGUCACCACUCUGCUGGUGGUGUGUGCACUCUCACUGUCACUGCGCCAUCAGAAACGAGACUCCCACUCACCCUUCGAGGAGGAUGAUGUCAGGGAGAACAUCAUAUCCUAUGAUGACGAGGGGGGAGGGGAGGCUGACACCGCAGCUUUUGACAUUACAGCGCUGCAGAGCAUGCACAGAAUACAGCACAUGCAUAACAACAGAAACAUAUGGUACACCCAGCAGAAUCCGCCAAGGGCCAGGACGUACAGCUGGAGUCGUCACACGCGCCCCGGCCUAGACCCUCAGCAGCGCCCCGGCUCUGCUCCGCUCUACGGACGCCUCUGCUAUGGCAUCCACACACUGCCUGUUCUCAGAGAUUAUCCAGCCGGGCCACUCGAGGCAGGUCUGCAGCUAACCCAGCUGACCCACGGGCUCACUGGAGGUCACUUCGGCAAUUCCCUCGUCAUCCAGAACCAAGGCACCUUUGAGCCUCUUCUGCGCUCCCCUGAGAUGAGCCCUGGAAGCUUCGAAUCAGAACACAUGCUGGCGAAGAGCAAAACUGCAGGCAGGGAUGAGGGAAGUGAAGCAAACGCAGCUGGCACCAAAGAGAAUGAAGACCAGGCCAAGAUAAACCCCGCAGAAACAGCAUCGACACCAGCCGACACUGCUGCAGAGCUGACCUACUCUGACCCCAAUGAGUCUUCAUGCCAAAGUCGCACCAGCUUCUCAUCAAACCAACAAGAGGGCCGACCGGGGUCAUCCCAGACUCAGGUCAGCACUGGAGCCACCAGCUGCACGACGGAUGACAUUGAUACUGAUUCCUCCAUUCCCUCCGUUUCAGAGCAAAAUUAUUUAAACGGCAGUCAGAUGAGCUGCGGAAACCCUCCUGUUUACCUGAAAGGAGACACGUACAGCAUUGUGGGCUCGCUGAACCCAAACGGCAGAGGGACAUGCAUGAACGGGACCAGCGGCGGCGGGUUGUAUCCAACGGGGCUGCAGCUACUGAACAUGUGCAGACUCCAGAGAAAGGAUUUGCCCUCGCAGUCUUUGCCCUUACCUGGAGGGAUGUUCGCUAACAACAGAGGCUGGGCGGAACCUGCGAGAACAGAAGCCGCCGCCCCGCAGCCUCUCCGGAUGGAAGAGCUCCUGAACAUCCGUCUGGAUCAGGUCACCUUCGACCUCUCUCAGCCGCCCUACGACUCGCUGCAGACUUAUGAGUUCGAGGGCCGCGAUUCGAGGGCCGAGUCUCUGAGCUCACUGGAGAGCGACGGAGAGAAGGACGACGUGAGAGUGGUGGGAGGCAUGGAGGAGUUAAAUCAGAAGUUUCAGAGGCUCGUGGACAUCAUCCGAGACCGAGAGAAGGAGAAGGAAGGAGGAGGCGGUGGAGGAGAAGCGACUGAGGGAGGCGUAGCGGCAGAGGCUACUCUCAGUGAGACUCAUAAACAAAGUGAGGACAAAGAGAAAGAACAGCAGAGAUGGGAUUUCUAGACUGCAAUAAAGGAGAAGUUUGAGAGAGGAGAACAUUCCCUGACAGUGAUGGAUUUUAAACGCAGCAGGGGUGGGAGAAUACACAGCGUUUGACAGAAAUCGUCUUGUUUUUGCCCCCUGCCGGGAAAAAUCCAGGAGGCUGCCAGUGUAGUGAAGAUCUGUGGUGCAAUCAGUGCACAGCGUAUAGUUUUCACCUCCACUGUCUUUAGAAAAUGCAUAUGGAACCUGUCACUUUUCACACUUUCAUACUGUUGUAACUGAUAUUAAUAAUGCACUUGGGCUUUCAAAGCUAAAGUUAUGAAAAAUUAACUUUUUUUUAAAAUAUUGAUUCUGAAGCCCUGAAAGCUGCAUUGUUAGAAAAUAGGCCUCAUCAAAUAUUGACUUGAAUUGUGAUAUUUAAUUAAUAGUUUAAUAGGGGCACACUCACUAGAAGAUCCUUGGAAUUUGAAUGCAUUUGCAUCUGAAUUGGAGAAUUUUCAAACCAACACGAGCGUACAUGAUGCAGGCCUCCACUGCCAUGUGUUCACAGAGUCUCUCCAGGGAGCCUCAUUGUAUACAUUUAUAUCAUGUAGCUCCAUAGAGAGAGACAGUCCUGCAAUUAUUCACCGUUACAGUAGAAAAUCCUGCUCACUAUGCAAUUUGCACAGUUAGAAAUGAUUAGACUGUCACUGUCAAAGACUUGUGUACUGUUGUGAAAGUACAGUAAAUAAUGUCCAUAUGUAGAUAAA